CGAAAGCGCCGAUAUCUAUAAAUUCAAAGCACGGAAACGAUUAGAACAUAAUGUCGGUAGCUCGGCGAGCGACCACGCCCAUUGAAAAAUGACGCGACUAUUUCUAUGUAUGCUAGUGGCGAGUACACUAGUCAUUGCUAAUUGUCGACAUGUAGAGGAAAAACAAAAUAAGCCUGGUGUUAAAGGCGAUUUGGACUCCUCUGGCACUGCAAAACAGGACCAAGUUGUAGCAGGCACUGGCAAACACGAAGCCAAAAGCGGCAGCCAUGAAACGGGCGGCGGACAUGAACAUCAUGCUCAUCACCACAAAGAGGAUGGCGAAAAAGGCGAUAAGGGUUACAAGUCUCAUCACCACCACGACAAAGGGGAACACGGUCAUCACGAGAAACACCACCACGAGGGCCAUCACGACGAGCACGGUGGACAUAAAAAGAAACACCACGAUGAACACGACAGUCACGGUGAACAUCAUGAAGCCGCCCACGGCCAUAAGGGUGGCAAAUUCGGACACAAGAAAGGUCACAAAAAGGGUUCGAAAACCACUGGUUUCCAUCAUAAAUCACACAAGGAUGAGUAUCAUAAGGAGCAUAAAUUCUACGACGACUUCCACAAGGGUGGACAUCAUCACAAGCACGGCGACUUCCACGGCCACCAUGAUAGUAAAGAAGGACAUCACAAGAAGGGUGGUCAUAAUGAGAAGGGACAUCAUGAAAAACACCAUGGAAAGAAAGGUCACCAUGACAAGGGCCACUAUGAUGAAGAUCACAAGGGUCACAAAGGACAUCAUGGUCAUGAGGAACACCACGCCCAUCACCAGGAUCAUGGCAAGAAAGGAGGACAUGCUGGAGGCAAGGAAUAUGGAUACAGCCAUGGAAAGAAAGCUUAAUAAAUCAGACUUAUUUGUUUUUAUAUGCAUUGUUACUUAUAAUGUACUAAUUGUUAAGCCAUUGUUAAAGUUUGUUGUUUGAUAUUGAUAUAAUAUGUUAAAUAAAAUCUUUAAUUA